GACGCUGACCCAGGCGCCUCGUAGGGGCGGGGACGCGAUCGCUCCGAGGCGGCGGGUUUUUGUAUAAUCAUUCUGAAUCAUGUCUGAUAACGGAGAACUGGAAGACAAGCCACCAGCACCUCCUGUUCGAAUGAGCAGUACCAUUUUUAGCACUGGAGGCAAAGACCCUUUGUCAGCUAACCAUAGUUUGAAACCUUUGCCAUCUGUUCCAGAGGAAAGAAAGCCUAGGCAUAAAAUCAUCUCCAUAUUUUCAGGCACUGAGAAAGGAAGUAAGAAAAAAGAAAAGGAACGGCCAGAAAUUUCUCCUCCUUCUGAUUUUGAACACACCAUCCAUGUUGGCUUUGAUGCAGUUACUGGAGAAUUCACUGGAAUGCCAGAACAGUGGGCUCGAUUGCUACAGACCUCUAAUAUCACCAAGCUAGAACAGAAGAAGAACCCCCAGGCUGUGCUCGAUGUUCUGAAGUUCUAUGACUCUAAUACAGUGAAACAGAAAUAUUUGAGCUUUACCCCUCCUGAGAAAGAUGGCUUCCCCUCAGGAACACCAGCACUGAAUGCAAAAGGCUCAGAAACUUCAGCAGCAGUAACAGAAGAAGAUGAUGAUGAUGAGGAGACUGCGCCACCUGUCAUUGCUCCUAGACCAGAUCAUACAAAAUCAAUUUACACACGGUCUGUAAUUGACCCUAUUCCUGCACCAGCUGGUGAUUCUAACGUUGAUAGUGCUGCCAAAUCUUCAGACAAACAGAAAAAGAAGACUAAGAUGACAGAUGAAGAAAUUAUGGAGAAACUAAGAACUAUAGUCAGCAUAGGUGAUCCAAAGAAAAAAUAUACCAGAUAUGAAAAAAUUGGGCAGGGAGCUUCAGGUACAGUGUUCACUGCUACAGAUGUGGCUCUGGGACAGGAGGUUGCCAUCAAACAGAUAAAUUUGCAGAAACAGCCCAAGAAGGAAUUAAUCAUUAAUGAAAUUCUUGUAAUGAAAGAAUUAAAGAACCCCAACAUAGUUAAUUUCUUAGAUAGUUAUCUUGUAGGGGAUGAAUUAUUUGUGGUAAUGGAGUACCUUGCUGGAGGGUCUCUUACUGAUGUUGUAACAGAAACCUGCAUGGAUGAAGCACAGAUUGCUGCUGUGUGUAGAGAGUGUUUACAAGCUCUGGAAUUUCUACAUGCCAAUCAGGUGAUUCACAGAGACAUCAAAAGUGACAAUGUGCUUUUGGGAAUGGAAGGAUCAGUGAAACUCACCGACUUUGGUUUCUGUGCUCAGAUCACCCCAGAGCAGAGCAAAAGAAGUACCAUGGUUGGGACCCCUUACUGGAUGGCACCAGAAGUGGUCACACGUAAAGCUUAUGGGCCUAAAGUGGACAUUUGGUCUCUGGGAAUUAUGGCAAUUGAGAUGGUAGAAGGAGAACCCCCGUACCUUAAUGAGAAUCCUCUGAGGGCCUUGUAUCUAAUAGCAACAAAUGGAACUCCUGAACUACAGAAUCCUGAGAAACUCUCCCCCAUAUUUCGAGAUUUCUUAAAUCGGUGUUUGGAGAUGGAUGUAGAAAAAAGGGGUUCAGCCAAAGAAUUGUUACAGCAUCCUUUCCUGAAACUGGCUAAACCUUUGUCUAGUUUGACACCGCUGAUCAUGGCAGCUAAAGAAGCAAUGAAGAGUAACCGUUAAAUAGCAUUACCAUUUGUGGCCUCGGCUUUUUUUUUUUUUUUUUUUUUUUGUCAUUUAAAAAAAGAAAUCUAUAUAAUAUAUAAAAUUGUUACUCUUUUUAGGGGUUGAAAAAAAUGUCAACACAGUGGGGUGGUUGGGGAAAACCAACCCACUCUCUGGAGACUCUAAGACAAAAUUAAGGAAAAGAAUUGUUACACCUCUCAAACCAACCCCUUUUUAGGGUCCAAGAAAAAUUGUGGACUGAAUCACUGGCCUUUCACCUUUCUGCCAACAGCCCAGCAGUGCCAUUUAUCAAGCUUGGGAUUUGCAUUUUAUUUUAUAUUUGCUGACUUUGCUGUAACAGAUCCCAUUCAUUGUACCUCUUGGGGUAUUUUUAGUACUUGAAUGGCAGAUUAGAGCUUUCAGAGAAAGGCAUUUGUUUGAUCUGCUAGUCUUCUCUCCUGUUUUCCCUUAUCCUUCCUGUUCCUUUACCUGAUCCUUUUGGAUUGCUUUGAGAAAUUUUUUCUCAUGCCUAAAUUAAAGCAAGUGUGAUAGAUAUUAUGUACCUCCUUAUAUUAGAACAGAAGCUUCCUGUGAUUUAAUUUUGUGUAGAAGCCAGGACCAGCUACUUAAAGCACUGUCACAUUCAAUAACAUUUUAGUUGUUAAAGACCAUUUUGAGGAAGGGAUGGAAAGUGAUUUUUUAUUUUAUUUUUGCCUUGAGAGAAAUGAAAAGAGCCUUUUUUAGAGAUAUCAUGGUAGUGGUGUUUGGAGUGAAAAUUAAAAGUAUAGUGAGGAGGAGGGAAAGAAGGAGAAACUAUGACUAAAUCAUUGAGGCGAAGGUAGAAGAUCCUAUUGAUAAUUAAGUCCCUGCAAUUUUCAUCUUUCUAUUUGUUUGGAUUUAUGUUGGCUACUGUUCAAAGUUAUUUCCUACUCUGUAUAUGGUUUCAGAAACCAAACGGUUUGUUCUUGCCCUCACUUGGACUCUACUGCUUCUGCUGGUGCCUCUUUUUUACUUUAUCAAAUAAGUUUGUGUAUAUGUUGUAACUUUUGUUCAUUUUUUUACCCCC